AUGCUUCAGUUCGCCGACCUGCUUGAGGCCAACUGGCCAUGUGUGCUGAGGGAUGUGUCAGCAGAGCCUGCGCUCAUCUUCACUGAUGCUUCGUACUUCGAGAUGGACGGAGGUACAUUCUGCGGCAUACGCGGAGCUGGCCGGAUUACUGGCUCUGACACCGAUGAGCUGGGCUACACUUUUUCUCCUGUGCGUGUGGAGGCGCAGGGGCCAACCUGUUACUUCUGCGGAUCCUACAUCUUUUACUUCUGGCGCCGCUUCAUUCAGACCGUCGGGGGCAGCACCCAUGCCCUGAUCCGUCCGCCAAGCGCCUUGGCUACCUCUUGGAUGUUGCAGCGGGGCCACAGUAUCUACAACGGCUCCACCGCCUUCAAAAUCUGCUUCGACGCCUACCUCUCCAACGAUGAGGUCUUCCCGCACAAUCUGGCUCCACUGGUCAUCGAAGUUUUUGCCGGCACUGCCAGACUCAGUACUGUGGCUGGGCGCAUGGGUUUCCGUACACUGGCCGUGGAUAGAUCCUCACAGCGGAGCAACUUUUCCAUACAGCGACUCGACCUCACGCUGGACCACGACGUGCAAACGUUGCUGGACAUCACCAACCUGGAGGCUCACAACAUUGCUUGGAUCCAUUUGGAGGGAUAUGAUGAAUUGGCACAGUGGCUGAACCAGCCCUCCACACUUCGCAAUGUUCAGAUUGUGUUCUUACAGGAGACCUGGCGCAGUGCUUCAGAGUUUUCCACGCAGCAUUGGCACUGGACCCUGUCAGGUGCAGGUCAGACUGCUAAGGCCAACAAUGGCAGUGGUGUAGCCGUACUGGUCAAUAACAAGCUUGCUUCCUCAUCCCAUAUUCGCUACCAAGAAUGGGUCCCAGGCCGUCUUCUGGAGGUUCGCAUCACGGAGGACAAACGACGACCUCUCCUACAUCGACCCAUCACUCUGGUAUGUGCCUACCAACACUCAAGAAUCUCCCACAGUCCUGAAGUUUAUGCAAAACGAUUAAAGUUCUUGGAGAAGCUCCAGAAAUGUCUGGAUGCAGUGCCGGCUCGGCACACUCUGAUUCUUGGUGGGGAUAUUAAUACUGGGAUCUCUCCGAUGCCGAGGCUCGUUGGAAUGGGUGCUCCAGUUAGUACCAACCCUGCACAGGAUCAGCAUGAGUGGCAGGGCAUAGUACAACAGCACCGCCUCUGUCUUCUGAACACGUGGGGACCGCCGGGCAAAACAGCCACAUAUGUGGGCGCGGACUACUCUACACUCAUUGACUUCCUGGGUGUCAGGGAGCGCGACCAGCCAGUGGAUGCCGUCAUGCAUCCCAUGCAAAUUGAUGCCAUCCUGCGACAAGGGCAAGAGCACAACUUCGCAGAUGCACCCUCGGGCGACCACUUCGGGUUGCUUUUCAUCUUUGGCGUGCUCAAUGGCGAUUUGUCAAAGCCCGCAAGGAUGCAUAUCACAAGCAUGAUUCUCAUUCCUUCUUUGCGGCUGCGCGUCGACUCGCACCUCGUCGUCCUCGACAGCGAAUAUUUAGUGCAGCAUUGGGGUGCUGGAGAGCACGUGGGUGAUGAGGACCACAUCACACGUUUUCAGGCGACCAAAGCCUUGGAAGAAGGCACCGUCAGCAUCCGGAACGGGUACGAGCAUUGGGGCUACACGGCACCUACAAUUCACUGGAUGAUGUGCCAUAUUGUCUUCGGGCCGUUGCCCUCAGCCGAGCGCCACGGCUGCCCGGUGCCCAAGCCGCUGCGCAGUCUGACUGAGCCACAAGGUCUCUCUACGCUGACGGGUGCCGAUGCCGAGCGCGUGAUGGCGGCCAACAAAUUAUACCGUGCUGUGGGCCGCAUUGUGGACCUCGCCUUGCAGCUUCAUAUCUUUGCUGCAGUGGAAAACCCGCUCAACAGCUUGUUCUGGCUCUGCGAUGGUUUGGAUCAUCUCUGCCGACGGGCGGACAGUUACCAGCUCAUCUUCGACGCUUGCAUGCAUGGUGGCGAUCGUGACAAAACCACUUUGUUCUGGUGCUCCGACUCGCGUUACCAAUCACUUGCCUUGCGCUGCUCCAGAGACCAUAAACACGCAUCCUGGAAGCCUCGCUUUUUGGAUGGGCGUUGGCAGUUCCCGACUGCCCAGGAGGCCGCCUACCCUUGGCUGCUUUGUGAGCGCAUGCUUUACAUACUGGCGGACGAUUAUGGCGCCCGUGUUACGCAGCGCAGACUGGUGCCAUGGGGAGCGGUGCGGGUUUGCGCUGUCUCAGCUUAUGCUGGCUUUGACAGAAGGGAAUCCUCCGAGCUACUGGGUGUGGCGGCAAGGAUCGCAUACCAUAACCUUGCGGAUUUCUCUUCGAUUGCUGGUGAGGACAAGAAUGAAGUGUACGAGGUGGUUGGGAUGGUGUGUGAUGACAAACCUUGCGCCACCCAAGCAGAGAUCCUUACCAUUGGCAUUCCGCGCGAGCCCGAGGACUUCGUUAAGGCUGCCGUUCUUGCUGGACACCCUCGCAAUGCGAUACUUGUCAAUCGUCAAGGUCCUGCAAAAGAAAUCGCAGCCAACGUGGUUAUGCCGGCGGAUGAACGCCGAAGACGGGCUGAGGAAUCCAGGGGUGCAUGGAAGAAGAUUGCCGAAGAGUCGGCCGCUAUGAAUGCUGCUUUCAUGAAACAAAAGCCCACGUACCUGGCGAAGGCAUUGGAAGGGAAGAACGUUCUUGCAUGGAAACGAAUUCUUGAGCGAAAUGGGUUUCCCGACAAGAUGCUCUGGGCAGACUUGCGUGAUGGUUUCCGAUUGACCGGAUGGAUGAGGGAGACUGGAAUCUUCAAGCCCCGCGUCAAGGCCCCUGAAUCUUCGUUGGAAAACUUGCUGGCCCAAUCGUCCUACCGGUCUCCCAUGACCAUGAGACGUAUAGCGAGUCUAAUAGCGAGUACCAAACCCGAUGAGACGGCUGAAAAGGUGUGGGCCGAAACUCUUGAGGAGGAGCGCAAAGGAUGGAUCUUCGAGGACACCGACCCAGACUUCAACAACAUUGUUUUGGCUCACCGGUUUGGACUGGAGCAGAAAAACAAAGUUCGGGUCAUUGACAACGGAAAGGACUGUGGCCUGAACAUGGCUUGUGGGCUGCCGGAGAGAUUUACCUUGCACGGGGUUGACGUUCUUGCAGCAGUUUUCUUUGAACUGUUGAACAUGCCAACAGACAAGCUACGCCGAUUGGUUGGAAAAACGAUAGAUCUUGUCUCUGCUUACAAGUUUUACCCGGUGCAUCCUCUUGAUCGGCUGCACUUGAGAAUUGGCGUGUUCGACACCGACAGCAAGACACCACGUGUUGAUGGAACGAACGUCCUGCCGUUCGGGGCCACCGGAAGCGUGGCGGGAUUCCUUCGGGUUUCUGCUGCCAUCUGGCACACUGGCGUCCGGGACAUGGGACUGGGAUGGUGUGCUUACUUUGACGAUUUUCCUUUGCUGUCGUGCGAUGGAAUGGAGGAGCAGAUUGAUGAACUUGCAGACGAAGUCUUUGAGGCUCUAGGGGUCCAGUACGCCAAAGAAGGAAAGAAGGCAACUAAAUUUGAUGCUGUGUUCAAUGCAUUGGGUUUGGCCUUUGACUUGUCAGAGUUCCAGAAUGGGAUCAUCUCGAUUACCCAUACCGUCGAGAGAAGGGCUGAGGUGAAGGACGUCCUUGGGAACAUCUUGCUGAUGGGCAAACUUAGCUCCAAGGAAGCUGAGGUUCUCCGAGGACGCAUGCAUUGGUAUUCUUCUUACCUCUUCGGGAGGGCGCCUUGCGAAGCCAUGCAUCAAAUGUCUUUGAGGGCCAGGGGAAUUGACGGCUCGUCGGAGCUUGGCGCUGAACUUGAAUGGGCGCUGCGAACCUUGCUGGAACACGUCAACACCUCGAGACCCUUGGAAUUGAGGCAAACUUCGGGAAGAGAGCUCUUUGUGUUCACAGAUGGAUCCUACGAACCUGGUGCUGAAGUUGUGGCUGGCAUAGGAGGAGUCAUUUACGAUGCUUCUGGCUCUCCGCUUGCUUUCUUCAGUUCCGAGGUCCCCAAGUCAGACUUGGAUGUUUUGGAGGCCGAAUCUGAGCAUCCAAUAUAUGAAGUCGAACUCUACGCGGUUCUUGUGGCGUUCCGGCUAUGGGCUGGGGUGUUGAAAGACACCUUCAGCACCUUCUACUUAGCCAACGAAGCUGCGCAAUCCGCGUUAAUUGCUGGCCGCUCUGGAACAAAGAACGGACGGCGACUUCUACAACAAGUCUUAUCUCUGGAACAUGACAACUUGACUAGGCCGUGGUUUGGGAGAGUGCCUACUCACUCGAACCCGGCAGAUGCGCCUAGUCGUCAGAUUGUGGACCACUUGAUCAGACAAGGUGCACGGCAGGACGAUGUUAGUUUAGGCAGUUUGCUUUAG